AUGGUGCGGAAGAAACAACCUAAAAAAACACCAGCAGCAACGAAGAAGGGGAAAAAGACCCUCCGGUCUAGUAACUCUAAACAAAAUGCUGAACCUGAGCCUGAGCUUGAGAAUAAGAAUCUUGGUCCUAAGAUUUCCGAACCUGAGAUUCCUAAGUCAGAGAAUUCUGAUUCUGAACUUCCUGUCUUUACGGCCCCUACAUCUCCGGCUGGGGGAACUAGUCAAAAGGAAGAGAUCGAAAAGAUUAACCUGCCGCAAUCUUCCGCAACUGACUUCGGCCCGCCACCAGGGCUGAGCUUCAGUUCUAGCCCCCCAACGUCGUCCCCCUUGUCGUCCUCUAGUCCCUCUAAUGAGCCGUUGCCCGAGGGUUUCAAACGAUGCCACCUGUCAACUGACGAUGAUGAGAGCUCGGAUGGCGGAGGAACACCUACCAAAAAAGCCAAGCUGACCGCUGCCCCACUAAAGAAGCCAAACGUCGCAGAAGAAAACAUUCUUCUUCUUAGUCUCAAGGAUGAAAAAAACAUGAAGUGGCCUGAUAUCGUUGAAGCCUUCCGCGAGCACGGCUGGGCCGGUCGAAAGCAAACACUCCUCAAAAAUCGAUAUAGAAGUCUUAAAGAAGGAAUAGUGUUCUGGGAGGAUGACGAUGCAACGAUCUUUGAGGCCGAAAAAGAGUUCGAGCGGACAAAGUGGGAUAAGGUGGCGGAGAGGAUGGUGGGGCUAGGUGCGAGUAGAAAGUUUCAGGGGGCAGCAUGUGAGAAGAAGUUCAAGGCAAAAGCCAUGGAGAUCAAAAAAAAUGGAGCGGCUGAAGAAGUAGCUGUAGUUUCAGAGGAACCCGCUGUUCCCGCAGAUGUUUCAAUGUCUUGA